AUGUCAACGCAACACUUUUCUCGUCCUCCUCACCUACCAUAUCGUCUGGUUGUGAACCGCCAUCGUUCUCAUCCUAGGCUGGGUCUGAUAGCACUGCGAAGAGCGGGCCGUUUGCGACGAGCAGUUGACGUCCCUGUUCUCUUUGACCGAGCUGUUUGCGGUCUCGUUGGUGGAGGCAUGAAGAUUUUUACUACAAGGGUUCCAGCGUUCGAGCUUGCAUGGUCAGUGGGUCUCAUGGGUAUUGGCAAAUUACCCAAACCCACAAGAAUUCCGUUUCGGGAAACCACGACCCAACGCAUGGGCUGGGUCGUGGGUCGACCCAUGCAGCACCCUGACUAA